GAUGGCGGCGGCGGGCCGGUGGCGGGCCGGGCUGGCCCUGCUGGCCGUGCUGCUGGGGCUCGGCGGGACGGCGGCCGAGCAGACCGAGGAGCACCUCAAACGCGAGCACUCGCUGUCCAAGCCGUACCAGGGUGUGGGCUCGGCCAGCUCGGGGCUCUGGGACCUGCUGGGCAACGCCAUGGUCAUGACCCAGUUCAUCCGCCUCACCCCCGACGUGCAGAGCAAGCAGGGAGCCGUGUGGAACCGGGUGCCCUGCUACCUGCGGGACUGGGAGAUGCAGGUGCACUUCAAGAUCCACGGGCAGGGCAAGAAGAACCUCAAUGGAGAUGGAUUCGCCAUCUGGUACACCAAGGACAGGAUGCAGCCGGGACCCGUUUUUGGGAGCAAGGACAACUUCCUGGGGCUGGGAGUGUUCGUGGACACGUAUCCCAACGAGGAGAAGCAGCAGGAGGCUCAGAAGAGGAGGUACAGCCCUGGAAACCAGCGCGUGUUCCCCUACAUCUCGGCCAUGGUGAACAACGGCUCGCUGACCUACGACCACGACCGCGACGGGCGCCCCACCGAGCUGGGCGGCUGCACCGCCAUGGUGCGCAACCUGCACCACGACACCUUCCUGGUCAUCCGCUACGUCAAGAGGAGGCUCACGGUGCUGAUCGACAUCGACGGCAAGCACGAGUGGCGGGACUGCAUCGACGUGCCCGGCGUGCGCCUGCCCCGGGGCUACUACUUUGGGACAUCCUCGGUCACUGGGGACCUCUCAGACAACCACGACAUCAUCUCGCUGAAGCUGUACCAGCUGACGGUGGAGCGGACGCCGGAGGAGGAGAAACGGGAUCGGGAGGUUUUCCUGCCCGUGGUGGACAACCUGAGGCUGCCGGGAAUGGAGGCGCCCCUGGAGCCCAUGAGUGGCCUGGCCCUGUUCCUCAUCGUCUUCUUCUCGCUGGUGGCCCUCGUCUUCGCCAUCGUCAUCGGCAUCAUCCUCUACAACAAGUGGCAGGAGCAGAGCCGCAAGCACUUCUACUGACCCCAAACCCCUGGGGGGGCCACAUCCCCAUUGCCAGCUGUGCCAGGGUGCCAGGGACCCCAAAUCCCUGGCACGGGGACAGUGCCAACCUGGCCGAGGUGUGUAGAGACUUCCCAGAGCUUCUCCUGUCGCUGUGGCCACCAGGAAUCCACCAGAUGAGCUCCCUCCUGGGCUAGUGGUGGCCACAUCCUCAUUGCCACCAGUGCCAGGGUGCCAGGGAGCCCAAAUCCCUGGCACAGGGACAAUGCCAGCCUGGCUGAGGGGUGCAGAGACUUCCCAGAGCUUCUCCUGUUGCUGUGGCCACCAGAACCCCUCCAGAGGAGCCCCACCCUGGCAAGAACUGGUCAAACCCACCUAGCCACCAGUGCCAGGGCAUCAAGGACCCCCCAUGUCCUUGGCAUGGGCAUGGUGCCAACCCAGCUGAGGGGUGCAGAGACUUCCCAGCACUUCUGUCAUUGCUGUGGCCACCAGAGACCUCCCAGUUGUCACCAUCCGGCUGUGGCCACCAGAGCCACACCCAGGCUAGUGGUGCCACGACCCCAUUGCCAGCUGUGCCAGGGACCCCCAAAUCCCUGGCAUGGGGACAGUGCCAACCCAGCUGAGGGGUGCAGAGACUUCCCAUUGCCACCAUCCAGCUGUGGCCACCAGGAUGAGCCCCCAGGACCAGGACGAGCCCCUCUAGGUUCUGCUGCUGCUGCUGCUUUUCCCAGCUGGAUGAACUGGAAGCGCCCCCUCCUCAAUUCUGGGGGAUCCCCACCCCGUUUCCCAGCAUGUGGCCACCCCUGCAUGUCGUGUCCUGGGGCCACUCCUACCUCAGGCACUGCCACCCACAGCGGGUGCCCGUGGGCACUCGGGGGUUGGCAUCGCCCUCCUGGCCAGGAUCCACCAGGAUGCCAACCCUGAACCUCGCCAGGAUGUGCCCACCCAGGACAGGUGGCCCCAGGGGGGUUUUGGUGGUCCCAGGGUGGGUUUUGGAUGGGUUUUGGUGGCCCCUGGGCAAGGAGAGGACUGGGGGCAUUGUCCUUGCUGGCACUGGAGAGCUGGGAGCUGUUUCCAAGGAGAGUUUUCCUGGA